AUGGCGGUGUCUGUGAGCUCCACAGCUUGCAUGGGAUGCAAAGCUGCUUGCUCUGAGUUCCAGUGUCCAUUGUGCCAAGCUGAAGCUCAUACUGUGCAAGGCUUCUUUUGCUCACAAAAGUGCUUCGCGGAGAACUGGCUCCAGCACCGCAAUGAUUUUCACAAAAGAGGUAUUGUGCGGGAAUCAAAGGGAGGUGCAGUCAUUCGUGAAGACAAUAGCGAUAGGUGUGAAAUGUUUGAUAAUAAAACGAAAUCCAAGAAGCGUUCGCGAAACACUGGAACUGAAAGCGAAGGGAUUGAAGCUAUCAUCAAGACUAAUGCCCAAGGACCUGGCUCGCUUACAUUUCCACCAUGGACUCCUCUUCCUAAUCCUCAGAGGUAUUUAAAAGAACGGGGUGUGGAACCUGACCUUGGUUUAGACUGUCCACGUGCUAUCGUAGGCGCGUGCGUUGAUGACAUUCAGGAGAGCUUUUGGCCUUCCUUAGUUGCCGCCGCACACUAUGUCGCGUCUAGCGUUCGACAGAACGACGCUUUGAUGGUACUUGUUGUCGCGGGGUUUCCCUACAGCGCCCAUGCUUUUGCAUGGGCAGCGCGCUGUGCUGGGCUGGGAGGAUCGCUCCGUAUGGCUGUUACGCUCUCUGGUUUACCAGAGAGAUCUUCGCAAUACUUUACUCCUCAAAAACGUGUGGUAGUGGCAACAGAAGCAGUUGUGGGCCAUGCCGGGAGUGGUGCUGCAUCACUCUGGUUGGAGGGGUUAACAUCGUUGUUGGUGACACUUCCCGAUGUGGUGGCUUAUGACGACCUACAGGGUGUGAAUAUACGCAGCAUUUUUUUCGUUUCUAGACGCCCAUGUAAAGACGCUAACAGCCACGGGGCUAUUACAAAGGAAGACAUUUAUGGCCAAAAGGGGAGCAAGAAAUCAAAGAUUGAAAAUAAUCAUGUGUUGGCAAGAUCCGAAUCUUCAUGGUCUGAGAAUAUCUCUUAUGAGGAGCCUACAUACGAAGUAACGACCGCUGUAAAAGACAUGUGCUGUGGCGAAGGGAAUGUUCCGCUCUUGUGGCAACCAGAAAUGAUUGCAAAAGACCCUGAAACGGUGGAUAAUAUUGAAAAAGACUUAACAAAGAACAGAGACAGCAAACCUAUUGCGCUUAGCAAGAAUAGGUUGAAGUCUAUUCAUUGUUCGCCUUGCUAUAUUCGUCCCUUGACGGAUCGUAUGGAUAAUGAUGUUUCCACUGCUUUGGUCAAUGGCGACAUCGCAGCUGCACUACAGCAUCUUAUACGUGUGUUCAGAGCUGCAUCAGGAUAUUUUGAAGAAGUUCUCUUCAACUCUUUGAGAUGCGACUGGGGUGCUGUAGACGUGGUGCAUGCUCACCACCGCCUUGCAUAUCUAAUGCGUAAUCUUGCCGAUCACAGUAGUAGCUUUUCGUUACCGAAAGGUGCAACCAUGGCGGACAUGGUGUUCCGUGCGAUGGUGCCACUAGUUCGUAUGUUUCCGAGCCUGCACAGCUAUAAGGACAACUCGGUGGGUAGUCCUGGAACAGCAAAGUUUACUGAAAUGAAGAAGCGGAAAGGGGAGCCAGAGGGGGAAGACUGUAAGAUGGUUUCUUGUCAGACUGAUCCCAUGGCUCUGGCACCCUUUGCACAAGAAUGUCAGCGGUACUUCAACUUCUAUAGCUCACUGCCAAAUAUCCAGCUUCAGGCAACGAUUAUUUACCUCAUCGUUUAUGAACCUUCGCCGGCAGCCCUAGAUACCCUCGCCGAGGCUUGGAAAGUCACGCACUAUAUUAAGGCAGGAGGUUUAACGGUGAUAAACCGCUCUCGAAAAGAUAUUAUUCAUCGACUGCGUAGCCGCUUUAAACCACGUCUCGGUGCCGAAUAUGCUGAAUUUCUUGUAACUCUUAUGCAUAUUCUAUACGAUACCGUUGCAAUUUACUCACUGCCACUUGAGGAUGUAGCAUGCCGCCUGCAAUGGGACCUUACGCUUGCAAGUGACGUGGGGUCACUAACAUCAUUUCUUGAACUUUGUGGGUUGAGAGCUCCAGUGGCCAACGGUGAAUUUGCAAAUGAUGGGGCCACGCAAAGUCCAUCUAAAGACCUAAGUAAAAUAAUAAGCAAUCUAUCAAGCCGUCAAGUUAGGCCUUCUUCACUUACUGAGUUAUUACGCACUCAUGAGGUGAGAGCCGAGACAACGACAACUAAAGGAGGUAAAUCCAAGGAUGGUGCACACCUCUCUUCGUGCUUCAUCUUAUUGCCGUGGCUACCCUUCCCUAUAUCGGGAAAGCGACAGCGCGAUGUCACAUGUAUGGAAAAUGCUGCAGUCGACGAAGUUUUAAUGGCGAUGCCUCGUGAACCGCGUCCAAUGUAUAUCGGUGAUGUUGGAAACCUCAUCGGCAAGUGGAACGGCUUUAACAGCCGUUUUGGAGGUGUCCUUGGGUCAACGCUGUCGGAAUUUCUUCUUAGACAUCCCAAAGAAUUUAAGGUCGUCGGGGGGUUGGUUUCACGUGUUAAAGUUGGUCAUAGUGAGCCAGUGCGCAUUCGUUUUGAUAAUGAUGCUGAAAACGUGGAUGACCACAACGACAGCGAUGACGACAAUAAAGCAUCUCGAAUCCGAAAGGCACAGGAUCACGUAUUGUUAACAGGGAUUAACAGUAAAGGUCGGAAAAAUCAGAAGGGGAGUAAACUUGAGAAAGAUCUUCCUGCUCGUGCGAGAAAAAAACGUGCAAUUAAGGAAUUCAAUAAACAACGGUUCAAUAGGAACUAUAAACCUCUCGAUCCCUCUGCACGUGUGCCGGGGUAUGUGAAGCAUGGACCGCGAAAAAUCAAAGGCCGAGGUAAGAAGGUGAAUAUGCACGCUUUCAAGCGAGGCUGA